AUGAAGAUAAUGCGGAAAUUGAUAAUAUUCGCUUGCUCACAGCAUGUCUCCACUCCUGAUAUUAUGACUAGCAAGAAUAAAAGGAACAAAACAAAAUCUAAGCGAACAAAAGCAAUGCUUAUGCAACUUGCUGAUGACAUACUUUACAUGAAACCGAAUCAAUUAUUUUUCGUGCUUCAAACCAAAACUACACAUUCAAGAUUACGGAAUGAAAAUCAAUCACAUUUUAAUGAUUAUGGAGAAAGAAAAACAUCAGUUUUCAAUUUAUUUAUCAAAUUGAAUUUAUCGAACAAACAAAAUAAAUUUCUGUUUCCACUCUCAGCGAAUAAAGCUACUUUGGACUAUGCUCUACCUCUCUACAAAGUUCUAAGCCAUAAAUAA